AUGCGGUACGGCAAACACGGCUACGAUUUUUUCACCCACCUCCAACUCCACGGCGCGCGCCUGACGGAAGGCUUCACGCGGCUCCGCGUGGGGCUUUACACGCUCGGCACCGCCGCAGGGGUGUUUUACGCGCUGCUUUGGCUGACGUCCUACCGCUUUCGCCUGACGACCGAUCCUUCGCCCUACUCGAACUACGUCUUCGCGGGCUUCCCGAGCGAUUAUGUGGAGGUGGAGAACAUCUGGACCGGGCGUCGGCGGGUUAUCACCUUCGAUGCGGAAGACGCCGCGGGGGGAAACGACGCGGCUUCGCAUCCCGGCGAACCCAAUCCCGGGCCGACCGCGAAACCUCCGCCGCGCAUUCGCGAGAAGACAAUCACGAUCAACCGAUUUAAGGAUCGCCUGCAUGUUUAUCAGCAAAAGGCGCGCGCGGUGGUGGUGGUCGACGCCGCGGCGGAGCUCACGGCGGAUCGGUUUGUGCGCGCGAGGGAGGGCGCCGCGAUCCACCGACGGGAUCAACUUUUUUUCCCCGAUUUUCCCCCGCCGAGUUCGCGCGAAAACGAUUGGGAAUCGGGCGAAGCGCGGGGGGAGGGGGCGUCUUCGUCGCCCGCGCCCUCGCGGGUGUACGUCGAGGCGUGGAUUCGCCCGCGGGAGGCCGAGAAUCGGCUCCAGCGCGGCGCACUGCCCGUUUUCGAGGAGACGACGCGGCGGGUGAUCCAGGAGAAGCUCCAAACCCGCUAUUUUGACCUCCUCCUCGCGAAAAAUGCGGAAAAAAUGGAGAAAAUCUACGCCGAGGCGCUUCUUCGCAGCGGCGUCGUCCGCGGCGGCGGCGUCGGCCUCCUCGACGUCGUCCCCGACCGGCGCCCGUUCGCGGAGGAGGUCCUCGCGGAGGUCAAGCGGCGAUUGGGGGAUCGCGUGAUUCUGUGCGAAUAUCAUCUGCGAUUUUUCUAG